AUGGCUCCAGCUGCUAAAUCUGGCGGCAAAGCAAAGUCUGGCGCUCCCGCAGCUAACCAACCCCGCUCAGUCCAAACGAGAAGUCAGAAAGCCGGCUUGCAGUUCCCUGUUGGUCGUAUCCACCGUUAUCUUAAAUCGCGCACCCAACACAACGUUCGAAUUGGAGCUAAAGCCGCAGUCUAUACGUCCGCUAUUCUAGAGUACCUGACCGCUGAAGUCCUCGAGCUGGCGGGCAACGCUUCAAAAGACCUACGUGUCAAACGUAUCACUCCUCGCCAUCUCCAACUAGCCAUUCGUGGAGACGAAGAGCUCGACACACUCGUCCGCGCAACGAUCGCAGGUGGAGGAGUCUUGCCAUUCAUCCACAAGUCUUUGACAGGUGCCAAACCGGGCAAGAAAAGCGAAAUACUGCCCGCUGCUUAG